CUCUACCAAUUUACAUACAGAGAACACAAUUAGAGGAAUAUCUGUGGCAAGUUUUUUUGACUUGUAGGAAACGAUUUUGCCAUCUUUAUGUCUUCCGAUAGUUGAUAUUGGCACGGAAACGCCUCCAUAGUCCAGCUAAGAUGGUGGCAUGGUCCGUGUUUGUAUUUUUGGUUCCAUUUUGGCGUUGAUUCGUGGAGAACCGCUGUUACUGUACGCCAACCGACAAGAUGUUAGAAUGGUGGAUACGGGCACAAAUCCCCCGAAUGACACAAUCAUUAUCAGCGGGCUGGAAGAUGCUGCAGCACUAGACUUUUACCAUAACGAGAAAAUAGUUUUUUGGACUGAUGUCAGCUUAGAGAUGAUAAAACGAACAUUUGUGAAUGGAUCACGUAUUGUGGAGAAUAUUAUCACAACAGGCUUAGUUUCGCCUGAUGGACUAGCCUGUGAUUGGCUCGGUAAAAAACUUUAUUGGACAGAUUCCGAAACUAAUCGCAUUGAAGUGAGCAACCUGGAUGGAAGCUCAAGAAAAGUUUUAUUCUGGGAGGACCUAGACCAACCCAGGGCUAUUGCAUUAGAUCCACACAGAGGGUGGAUGUACUGGACAGACUGGGGAGAAACGCCAAAGAUUGAAAGGGCCGGGAUGGACGGAAUAGAGCGGGAAGUUAUUGUGCAGACUGACAUUUAUUGGCCGAAUGGCCUAACAAUAGACUAUGAUGCGCAGAGGAUAUACUGGGCCGAUGCAAAACUUAAUUAUAUACAUCAUGCAAACUUUGACGGUUCAGAUCGUUCACCGGUGGCGGAAGGAUCAUUACCUCACCCAUUUGCAUUAACGUUAUUUACGGAUACUUUGUUUUGGACUGAUUGGCACACAAGGUCUAUUCAUUCGUGUCAUAAAAAUACAGGCGAGAACAGGAAAGUUGUGCAUGAAGAUAUCUUUUCACCAAUGGAUAUUCACGUUUAUUCAGCGGUUCGGCAGCCUUCAGGGGCCAAUCCUUGUGGUCAGAACAAUGGUGAUUGUUCACACUUGUGUUUGAUGUCGCCGCAUCCGCCAAAGUAUACAUGUGCGUGUCCCACUGGAGUGAGGCUGCUAACAAAUGGCAGAACGUGUGCUGACGGAGCUGAAGAAAUUCUAUUACUCGCCAGACGGACAGAUCUUCGCAGGAUAUCUCUUGACACGCCUGACUACACAGACGUUGUUUUACAAUUAGAAGAUAUCCAACAUGCUAUCGCAAUAGAUUAUGAUCCAGUGGAUGGUUACAUUUAUUGGACAGAUGACGAAGUGAGGGCGAUUAGACGAGCAUCCAUGGAUGGUACAGGUGGUGAAUUUAUUGUGACUACCGAGGUGGAGCAUCCAGAUGGAUUGGCUGUAGAUUGGGUUGGCAGGAAUUUGUAUUGGACUGAUACGGGCAAUGACAGAAUUGAAGUUGCUAGACUUAAUGGGACGUCGCGGACAAUAUUGAUUUCCGAAGAUUUAGACGAACCAAGGGCAAUAGCUUUAGAUCCAGCAGACGGGUACAUGUACUGGACAGACUGGGGAAGCAAGCCAAAAAUCGAACGUGCUGCUCUUGAUGGAACAGACAGAACUGUGCUCAUUAAUUCAUCCUUGGGAUGGCCCAACGGAAUUGCAUUAGACUUUAUAGAGAGGAAAAUAUACUGGGGAGAUGCGAAAACUGAUAAAAUUGAAAUGGCAAACAUGGAUGGCACAGGAAGACAAGUACUGGUAGUUGAUUUACCUCACAUUUUUGGUUUUAGCUUGCUUGGUGACUACAUAUAUUGGACUGACUGGCAGAGAAGAUCCAUUGAGAGAGUCAACAAACACAAUGGACAAGACCGAGAAGUUAUUAUUGACCAGUUGCCUGAUUUAAUGGGUCUGAAAGCUGUUAACGUAAAGAAAAUAGAAGGUACCAAUGUAUGUGCUCAUGACAAUGGCGGAUGUAGCCACCUCUGUUUAUACCGACCAAUUGGUGUGAUAUGUGCCUGUCCAAUUGGUUUAGAGCUGCUCCAAGACCAGAAAACCUGCAUCGUACCCGAAGCGUUUCUCCUUUUUUCCAGACGUGCCGAUAUUCGACGCAUUUCUCUUGAGACUAACAAUAAUGAUGUUGUUAUUCCGCUGGCUGGUGUCAAGGAAGCGGCUGCAUUGGAUUUUGAUAUCAACGAUAAUCGAAUUUACUGGUCCGAUAUUAGACGGAAGGCAAUCAGUCGUGCUUUCAUGAAUGGUAGUUCAUUAGAGCAUGUGAUUGAGUUUGGCCUAGAAUACCCAGAAGGCAUGGCAGUUGAUUGGGUAGCCCAUAAUAUUUACUGGGCUGAUACAGGAACAAAUCGGAUAGAAGUGGCAAGACUGGAUGGAUCUGCCAGAAGAGUACUGCUUUGGCAAGAUUUAGAGGAACCCAGGGCAUUAGCGUUAGAUCCAAGUGAAGGCUUUAUGUAUUGGACGGACUGGGGUGGCAAUCCCAAGAUUGAAAGGGCCAAUAUGGAUGGCAGUAACCGAAAGCUGAUUGUGACAGACGUGGGUCGCACUAAUGGGCUGACAAUUGAUUACAGUGAUCGCAGAAUGUACUGGACUGAUCUUGAUAUGAACCAAAUUGAAUCAGCAGAUUUGAUGGGUCAACAUAGGCGUUCAGUAAUUGGGGAAAAACUACCAAAGCCAUUCGGAUUGACUCAGUAUCAAGACUACAUCUAUUGGACUGACUGGGCAACACGCAGUAUUGAAAGAGUAAAUAAAACCAGUGGUGAAAAUAGAACUCGGAUUCAAGGACAGUUGGACUAUGUUAUGGACAUCUUGGUGUUUCAUGCGUCAAGACAGUCUGGGUCUAACCAAUGUGCAUUAAACAACAAUGGAUGCGAGUAUUUAUGUUUUGCUGACCCUCCAAAUUUAAUCGGUGAACUUCAAUCUCAUUGUGCCUGUCCCACGCAUUACACAUUGCGAGAAGAUAAUAAAACAUGUUCACCACCUGAGUCGUUUCUACUGUACAGUCAACGCAACCUGAUUAGUCGAAUGACGGUCAAUUUGGAUGACAGCCCCGACAUUGUUUUGCCAAUACAUGGUCUGCGUAUUGUGAAAGCUAUAGAGUAUAACUAUAAGACGAAGCAGAUUUAUUGGGUUGAUGGUAGAACCAAAACUAUAAAGAGAUCUUAUGAUAAUGGGUUAGAGCCAGAAACAUUUCUCCCCAAUCCAGGUGAUGAGCCAAAGUUCCAUCCUCACGAUUUGGCUCUUGAUCCUUAUAGUGGUUUGAUAUACUGGACAUGCUCUCAGACCAACGUCAUUAACGUCACUCGUCUUGAUAUGACUGAAGUCGGAGUCGUUAUAAGAGAUGAUACCGAGAAGCCAAGAGCAAUUGUUCUGGAUCCUGAGCGGGGAUACAUGUAUUGGACAAGUGUUAGUCAAAAUAAACCUCGAAUUAUGAGAGCGGCGAUGGAUGGCGCAGACAAGACCGUAAUUAUUAGCUCUAGCCUAUCUGAACCUGAAGCACUGGCAAUUGACACAGAGAGUAAUAAACUGUUUUGGUCGGAUGUCACAUUGCACAGAAUAGAAAGUUCUGACCUGAAUGGUGGAAAUCGUAAUGUCUUGGUCGACUCUCAGUUAUCAACACCACAUGCUUUAACGAUAUUUGGAACCCAUUUAUACUGGAUUGACAAGGAUUCAAUGUUGAUUGAGCGAGUUGAUAAAAUAAAUGGAGAUCAACGGGAGAAAAUCCUUGGUCGUCUUACUCAGCUGAGCGAUAUCCACGCUGUUAGAAACAACUACCCGUCAGCUGAUUCCCAUCCGUGUGCCAUCAACAACGGUGGUUGUUCUCAUAUUUGCUUUCUCGUCGAUGGUGUGAAAACUUGUGCAUGUCCGAUUGACUUAGUUUUAAGUGAUAGCAGAACAACAUGUGGAGAACCGCCGACCUGUUCACCUGAUCAUUUCACUUGCAAAUCUGGCAACAUUGAAUGCAUCCCGCAGGCCUGGGUCUGUGAUACCAUUCCAGAGUGCGCAGAUGAAAGCGACGAACAGAACUGCCCUACAUGUUCCAAAUUGCAAUUUCAUUGUAAGAGCGGUCAGUGUAUCGAUAAGAAGUUACGAUGCAAUGGUGAACCCGAUUGCAACGAUGAAUCUGAUGAAAAAUUUUGUCAAGCUCCCUGCUGGAAGGAUCAGUUUGAAUGUUCCAAUGGACAAUGCGUUGAUAGUGAAUUGGCAGAAUGCAAUGACAUUAUUGAAUGUGAUGACGGGAGUGAUGAAGUAAACUGUGACCACCACUCAGUCGUUGAGCCAAAUACAUCACCAGUUCGUAGCGCCGGGAGCAUGCACUCCUUGAUUGGUGCUGUGGUUGGUUUCAUUUUCGUCAUCAUCGUUAUUGGUAUCGCCAUGUGGUGGUGGAGGAGAUAUAAACUCCAGCCAGAUUCAAUGUGUGAUAACCAAUUUGUCAUGUUGAACAAUCACCAAAACAACUAUACUGCAAUGGUCGGAGUUGGUCCGCAACAGACAACCCCACCAAGAUCAAUAUCAGGUAUUUCAAAAUGCCAUACAAAGUCUAUAAAUACAUGCCUGUCUGUAAGUACGGUACCCGCAGGAAGCAAUGUGCAACACUACGACAGAAGCCAUGUGACGGGAGCAUCAUCUAGCGGCAGUAGCAUGGGAAGUCAUUAUCCAAAAGAAACUCUGAAUCCACCGCCGAGCCCCGUAACAGAACGAUCACAUUAUACUGCUGAAUUGUACUACCCAUCGCACAGUCCGCAUGCAUCACGCUCAUACAGACAUUACAAAUCACGGAAUAUUCCACCACCGCCCACGCCGUGUAGUACUGACGUAUGUGAAGAUAGUGAACCAUAUUCACGUCCCAACAAGAGGAAAUAUUACUCGAAUCCGUAUCCGCCGCCCCCGACUCCCCAAAGUGUUCUUUCAGAUAAUUACGAGAGCUGUCCGCCAUCACCAUCAACGGAACGAAGUUUCUGUAAUCCAUACCCCCCUCCGCCUUCACCAGCAACAGACUCUCCGUAAAAGCCAUUUGUUAAAUGGUUAUAAUAAUAUUUAAAAUUUAAUAAAAGAAGAAUAGUUACCAAUAGCAACACAGUGUGGAUACAGAACAAUAUAUACAUUGCCGUGGUUACUAUAGUGUCUCAGUGGCAGUGCUCAACUGUACUUAAUUUAAACUACUACUUAGAUAUCGCAACAUCUGUUGCCAUGGUAAUCUGUAAAGCUGAACAUUUGUAUCAUAACUAAAGGCCAAAAUUUAGAAAAUUUAUUGUAAUUUUGAAUUCUUGACUUUCUUGUAAGAUAAUGUGUUGGCAUGACAACUCUCUCAGUAUCAUGCUUUAUUUUCACCAAAGGUUUUAAAUUUUAUGUUGCUGUUUAUUCUGCUAUUAUUUUAUUUUGUAUAAUUUUUUUGUUUGUUUCAAGUUGUUAGCAUUUUGCAUUAUAAUUGCAUUAUAUUUUCUACAGAAAGUUCCCGUAGAUAAAACAGCAAAAUAACACAUUGCAUCCCGUUAUCAUUAUGUAAACAAUAUGUUAUAUGGUUUGCCACUCUGCAGUUUUUUUUAUGUCCCUCUGCAAUUCUUUUUAAUUCCUGUCUCUUUACUUUGAAGGUGCUAUUUCAUACUGCAAAGAGAAUUUCUGUAAAUAUGCCUCAUUUAAACAAAAAAAAACAACUACAGCUGAGUGGGAAACCAACUAUUUCUUAGUCUAUUCAGACUCGACACUAUUUAAUGUUCUUAGAAUGUUGCUAACUUUACGCAGCAUGCAUUUUCAGGUGCUGUCCGCUCAUACAGGGGUCUAUACUACUUCUCCAAAUAUAGUAAAGAGAAUAUAGUUAGACUGAUCCAUUAUUUGCAUCUACGUGUGUGUGCUACUACUACUGCAGCAGCAAAAUAAUACUGUGACAAUCACAUCCCAACUAACAACUGCCGUUAGGUUGCUUUCUUUCGUAUGUUUUUUUUCCACAAUUAGUGUGCAUAUAGCAAAGAUUUUUUUUUUUUUUUUCUUGCUAUAACUAAGUUAUUUUUCAAAACAGAGUAAUACUAAAUGUCUGUACUUAUCUGUAAAUAUGAAAUGUUGACAAAGUUUGAUGAAAAUGUUUUUUUUUUGUGUUUUUUUUUUGACACCAAAUACUGCAGGUCAAAAAUAUAGUUCAGUAGUGGUGAAACCGUGGUAAUUUCAUCUGACUGGCAUCAUCCUGUCUUGUGAUGAACACGCAAUGAUUCAAAAACUUUUCACAUAUUCAAAAUACCUAAUUUAUUUAUCCCCACUUCAUUCAACCUAUAAGCGGUUAUUCUAUAAAUGUUUGUAAAUGACCACAGGCUUAAUGCUGCCUGCAUGCACUGUUCUACCUUACUAGGGGGCCUGUUAUAUAUCAUGGCUGUUGUAACUGUAUUCCUAGUUUAUUCAAGAUACAAUAAGUCGGAAUGGUCAUGUAUAAGUGAAACAUUAGAUCUUCUCUUCUGCAAGAAUAUUGUUUGUUACCUGCCACCCCUGCUUUGCACAGUAUGCUUGGUUCAGUCCAGUUGUUUUGAAAGAAGAUGUGGUUGAAAUCCUCUGAAAAUGUCACAAUCAUGUUUUUCGAAAUAUUAAUGAAACUAUAAGAGAAGAAAUAUUGACAACCAGACCAAAUAGAAAUAUUCACAAAUUUGAAAAUUAUGUCACAUAUUUAAAAAAAAAAAACUCUUCUCAAAAUGUAUUAAUUUAAUCGAGUUAGUGGCAGAGUAAUCAAAUCAUGAUUUCUUUAAUUCUCUCCUCCCCUCCCCUCCCCUGAUUGUGUAAUAUAUGUACCCUCUAAACAAAAUGGUUUUACCCUAAUUUAUUGUUGGUCUGGUUGAGUGCCAAAUAUUGAAGCAUGCUGGAAAGACGGGGUAUAUACAAGUCUUUGCAGGUAGUUUUGUAUCAGCAUUAUGUUGCCAAUGUUAAUCCCUAUAUUUUGCUGUAUAGAAAACAAAUAUUGUAAACUAGAGUAUUUUUGAAAACAUGUAAUUUCUCAUCAAACGUGAGGAAGCUGAAUGCUCUUUUAAAGCUUGGUGUAUUAAAGUCUUUUGUAAGAUA